AUGAGCGACCAGAACGUCGUCAAGGAAGGCUGGGUGCAGAAAAGAGGUAGGGGUCAUGUCAUCAUCUCCUGUAUGGAGCUGUGUAACCCGUUAGCCCUUUGCUAGCAUGUUUGUUGAUUGUUUUGGUAAGUGACAGCUGGGAGACGGCCAAGCUGUAAUGAGCUGAAAUGGGGCAUGUUGCCACUUACUGUAGUGGAGGUGGAACAUAUUCUGUAUUUUUUACAUGCAGCUGUAGUGCUUUGCAAUGUUUUUAAUGCUUAGAAAAAUUAGAAAAAUUCAUCAAGUCGUCAAUAAAGAGCCAAUAUUUAGCCGGCCGUACAAGUCAAGUUCAUCAGCCUGUCAGUAAGGAGUUGUUUGCCUUGUUUACGACAGCUAGUGCAGAGCUGUUUUAUGUCCCCUCUGCAGCCAGUCAACAACACACUGACACCUCUUGACAAUUCUCAGUAUUCACUGUACAAUCUCUCAACCCUCUCCUCUUUGUCAGUCAGUGAAAUUGAAGUCAGAUCAACCCAGCAGAAGGGUGUCAAUAAAGCAGGACAGUUCUGGACUGUUAUUUGGAAACCUUUACCCACUGUUGACUGUAGACACACAAAUAAUAACCACUCCAAAACACACACCUCAUGGAAAAGCUCCAGUAGAUGUCUUUUUAGUUUUUCUUCCACAUUGUCCAAUAGUGUUCAACCUUGUCUACAUUAUUGUUUUCUUAAAGUAUCAAACUGGCUAAGAAGUUAACACAAGAUCAAGUGUUUUCAGAUGAAUUUAAAGGGGCUAAGCUCAAACACAUUUUCCUGUUUUUUGUUUUUUUUUUUAAACACAAGCCUUAGUCAGAAAAGAGUGUGUUUUUUUCUGCAGCUCAGUGUAGACUAAGUCUGAGCCCGUCUGCCAGUUUGAAGAACAGCACCUCCAAACAAUGGUUGUUUACCUGCCAGACGGCGAGCAGAGAGGGCAGGCUUUGCAGGGCUGCAGCCCAGUCUGAGCUGCUCUUGGCUGGUGCGUUUUUUCUCACAGUGAUUUAAGUGCUUGUGUGUUUUGUGUGUUAGUGUGUGCUGGAGGUGUGUUUGUCUGGUCUGAGCUCUGAGCUGUUGGCUGGCAGUCAGGGGGAAGUUUCUCUGUGGCACUAUGAGCAUACAGAGGAUGACCUAACACUCUGGUUCCUUCCUCUCUGGCCCCCACAAGUCCCUCAAUUGUUUAUUGCACCUCUGUGUGCUCUUUUAAUUCAGGUCCUAACAGCCUCGGUAGCUCUCUUCGCUUGUGAAGAUCAAACCUCGGGGUUCACACGCAGUUCAGGUUUGGACACACGGAGGAAGCUGAACAUUUUAGGACAAAUGAAUAAGUCAAACUCUUGACUCAGUUCAUCAUUUUUGUAUUUGAAUGACCAGUUUACAGUUUAGGAUGGUUGAUUGUUUGGCCUGUUUCAGAUGCUUACAGUGCUGUAGGGAUGAUUGGUCUACCAUAUGAGCACCAGAGGUUUUUUUUAACAGUUUCCUGUAAAGCCUGUUCUUGUGGACUCAGUGUCCAAAAUAAUGUUAUUAUUUUCAGACUUCAUGAUCUCAUCUAAUGCAGUUAUCAUUGUUUGGUGACAUGACGCCAUUAUGUGUCAAAAUUGUAAACCUAUAGAUAAUUUAAAAAGUUACUGCUCUUAACUUCUUUGCACGAAAAAAGCGAAAAUAAAAGAUAUAAAUAACCUAAUUUUAGGUUAUCUAAAAUUAUCAAUGAUGCAAUAAGCUCCAAUAGCCUGCAACACACACACACAUGCACGCACACGGACAAACUAACAAACAAAACAAAACAUGCACAUUGGGUGCUUUUAGGAAAAGGGGGUGGUGAUUUCAACUUAUCAUUCAGAGUCAUCAUCAAAUAUUGUCUUUAUCACUAUUUUAUAGGAUAAGUCCUCCAUUAGUUCCUGCACGUGUGAUUUAUUUAUUCAGCUCUUUUCCAUAUGACUUUUUUAGUUAUUUGAAAAGAAAUAAACUGGUAAGAUUUCAGCAUGACACCCGUUAUAAAUACUGCAGCAACUUUCAGCCUACGAUUGAACUUACCUGUAUGUUAGUGUCUGUGUAAGUGAAUCAGAGGUUUAUUGUAAGGGAAAGGUUCCAGUUUUGCCUUGAAUUAAAGCACACGUGCCCCAUUGCGUACAGUAUAUGCAAACAGACUGACACACAGAAAUGCAGUUUGUUCUGCAGCAUACGGUGUACUGCUUUAAUUCAUUGUGUGUGCUUUGUGGAUUAGAGGAUAUCUUUUUGUGUCAUUUGCACAGAUUGAAAAAAAGCUUCAUAUUCUUAUUGUGAAUCCGACCCUCCGUGUUUCUCCUCAAAACCAUGUUUGGGACAUUGAGGUUAACUGCUGUGAUGAUCAGUGUUAUCAUCAUCACAAGACGUUGCCGAAGUAGGGCUGAACGAUUUUGGAAAAUAAUCUGAUUGCGAUUUUUUUUUACCUCAGUAUUGCGAUUGCGAUUCAAUAUGCGAUUAUGUUUUAAGGCCCUCUUCUAAUGUAUUUUUCAACAAACACAAACAAUAAUUCAAUCUGUAUUAUAGUAAACAACAUAGUUAUAAAUAUAUUGUUUUUCCUAGACUCUCUCUGCUCACACACUAUUGUGCACACGCAUGCACGCGCCCUCAUACACGCCAUAGUACUAAUUUACGUACCCAUGGCGAGAUGUAAUCGGUGCCCAUUACACUGGAGUCGGGUCUGUUCAUUCAGCUGUUCUGCCAUCACCGUACUGGAUACAUUUUCUGUCUUUAUGCAGACGUAGUUUGAAAUCGGAGCUCUGGUCGCUGGUGUUUUAGCCAUUCAACUAUCGUACAUACCUUUGUUGCGGUUGAUAAAGGUUCGUAGUGUUACCCCCUGAUGUAGCAACAGUAGCACGACAGGUUCUGCACACGUUGCGCAGCAGCAUCUUUUUUUCGCAAAAAUAAAUCCCCACAACUGCCGUGCUGCCCCUCUCUGGUACUAAUCUUUCUGCAGUGUCAGCUUCUGUAGUGGAAUAAGGCCAUAGUACGACAGAGUACACUGUUGACUUCUCUCUCUACUUGCUCUACUUCGCUCUGCCUGCUUGCAAGUCACAUGACCAGAUCGUGUAAACAGUCAAAACCGCAACCUUUGCGGUUAGAAAAUCGCGUUUUAACAUAUCAGGAUGUAAUUGCAAAUGCAAUUAUUAACUGUUCAGCCCUGAGUAAAAGUCUCAUAUUUGUUGCUGUGUCAGUGUGAUGCAUUGAGUGUAUUAUUUAGACAAACUGCUCUGACUGGGCUUUCAGUCUCCUGCUGCACAGUUUGUUCCCUUUCUGCUGAAAAGUUGUCUUUUGAUCUGUUCCUCGACUUUUUUUUUAGCAUUGUUGGGCUGUUUUAUCACAACAAUGAUGCCUGAGCAAGCAUUGAUCAGAGCCGCAGUCCUGUGUAUGAUCUUGUAAAGACAGAUCGGGGGUCUUUUAUACAUCCUGCUGUAUCCUGAAGCCCUGACUGUACGUUUACACGCAGCUUAAACGAUUUAGAUGUUCCUGAAAGUUCCCCGUGCUGUUGACUUUUUCCUCCGCUGCUCACCGGCUCUCACACAGAAGAGUCUGACUCGCUCUUCUUCCCGUUUCCGUCUUUGUCAUCUUCAUCUCAGUGUUGUCCAGAAACAGAGUGAGUCAUCGGAUGUGUGAGGAGAGCUUCAUCAGAGUGUGAUUUGACGGACGGAUGCUGAGAUGGUCCAGUUUAGUCAUUGAUCACUGAUACGCACAUGCUUUGCUUACACCGCCUUCUUCUCCUCUGGCUCUGGUGAAAACACGACUUUUACGGACGUCAACAUCUCUCCAGGACAUGAUCGUGUUUUCCAAAUUAUUAUUUUUAUCCUGUCACAAAUUGAUGAGUCAGCACAGCAGGAAGCCAACAUUUCAUGUCUGCUGAAUGAUAAUGAGAGCAGUGUUUGGACAGUUUCUCACUCAUAGAUUAAGGAUCUCAGGUGAAAGAUGUGCAGAUGUUUGACUGCAUUUUUCUGGUACAUGUUUGGAGCACGAGAACAUGGGGAGGACUUUUGUCUUUUGUCGUUCAAAAGAUAAUAUGCAUUUUAUCUGCAAUAUGAAAUAGAGUAAAGGGUUCACAGUGAUGAAUUGUUAAAUACAGCAGAUGUGAUUUGCUAGUUUAACUAACUGUAAGCUCUGAAAAGUGUUCUUGUUUGAGUCUGUUUUCUCUGUGACCCUGAGCUCUGAAUAACUCGCUUUCAGGUGUUUUAAAAGGCAUUCAUAAAAGCUCAGAUUUUGUGAUUUUUCAGCUCAGAGAUGUGGUGAAAACUGAGCUAAAAGGUGAUAUCUGUUUAGUUUCAGUGAAGGACACUUACCUUUGUGCAACACCUACUCCAAGUUGGGAUGAUUUUGAUUUUGAUACCCAAGCUUGAUCACAAAGCAACCCUUAAAGGAGAAAUGUUCUGUUGUUAUUAAGUCAGUUCAUUAUUAAGUCAGAGUUUUCAGUGUGACAAAGAUGACUCUCUGUAACUUGAUGAGAUCACUAUGCUCACUUAGUAAAGCUGACCUGAUCUGGACCAGGUUAUGUUCAGAGUUUCAGCUUUAAAUAGACUGAAAAGCACUGUCCUUCUAAUAAUUAUCACAUUGGGGAUAUUCACCAAGGGCAGUUCAGAUCCUGUGCGAGAGAAAAAGUGUAAAUAGAAGCAUUUCAAAUCCUAAUAUCACUUCAAAAAAGCCACAAAAUAAAGUCUGACCAUUACAGUGACUCAUCGCUUCACAGAGCCUUUACAUUCGGUUAGUGAUGACCACAACCUGUCCUCUCCUCUUAUACUUAAUGUGCAGUAAAAGCGUGAUCACAGCCUCUGAGGACACUGGAUUAGGUUUUAAAGUAGGUUUUUUAGGGCCAGUUAUUCAGUGAAAGGCUUGCGGUGUUAAUUAGGUAGGUAUUUGAAAGUAAACAGAGUACUCAAGGCGACAUUUGUUUUACAUUUUUUGGUGCACUAGUCCUUUUGUCUUCUGGUUUGUUUAUUUAUUGGACUAUUUAUCUCAUUUUUUAGAUGUCUGUCUGUGUAUUUAUGUUUCAGGCUGCUUAAAAACCUGUUAAUCCAGAGGGAGUAAUUAAGAAGUGAGAUUGGCUGAUUGAUCGAUUGAUUAGGAUCAGUUUUUUUCAUUCAUUGAAAAAUCACCCGGACCCUCUGAUCACCUGUGACUGUGACAAAAUGUGACCUGUCACUCAGACUGUCUCUUUCUCUCUCUCUCUCCAGGUGAGUACAUCAAGAACUGGCGACCACGUUACUUUCUGCUGAAGACAGACGGCUCUUUCAUCGGCUACAAGGACAAACCGCAGGACUCUGACCUGGCCUACCCACUCAACAACUUCUCUGUAGCAAGUGAGACACGGACACACACCUCCAUCACGUAUUUCAUAAACACUACAAACAGUCAUCCCUGUAACGCCACCCCUGCCAUCUCUGUGUGACUCUCAGAAUGUCAGCUGAUGAAGACAGAGAGGCCCAAGCCCAACACCUUCAUUAUCCGCUGUCUGCAGUGGACCACUGUCAUCGAGAGGACUUUUCAUGUCGACACUCCUGAUGAGAGGUGAGCAGCAGUCUCCCUUUGCCCUCAGUUUUUCUCUUAAUAUUCUAUUGGGGGUCACAUGAGAUCUUAUGAUACCAAAGGAUCUAAGUAUUUGUGAAAUCAAGGCUAAGCUGUCUCGUGAGAUGAGAGUUUUUCCUGUAUGUUGCAGUCUGAAGUGGAGAGAAGAGAGUGUCUCGUCUUUAUUAUGUAAGAGCGACGUAGUUUCUUGGUUAUUGUGGUGCAUGGUACCGUAGUGCAAGUCACAACCCCCUCUGCCAGAGAGACAGGGAGGGGCGUGGCUUGCGCUGAAGGAGGCGUGGACAGGUGCAGCACACAGAAACAGCAUGUUCUUGGUAGAGCUCACUAGAGAGUUUUCAGGCUGGCUGAAGAAUUGGGUUUUUAGACAACAAACUUCAAAUUGACUGUUCUGGGACUUCUGAGACCUAUGUGAACCUGCUGAAAAGGAGUAUAAUAUGGGACCUUUAAAGGUAAUGUUGGCUAAGACAGACUGGAACUGGAAACUUAAAGGAUUGCAAACUUUGAAUGCGAAAAACAGAUGACAUGAGAAGAGCUACACAGCUGCACAAAAACUACACAUUGUGGACACAUCAGGGUUCGUUGAGACAGUUCUGACCUGUUUUUCCUCUCAAAAUCAGACUGCAUUUUCUAUGAUAUUUGUAUACCACUUUUAAUAAUGUGAAAUGCAGAAAGAAGAAAGAUCCAAAGCAAGAUUUUGACUCAUAUUUAACACUUGAGCUUUAAAUAUCAGUAUAUGCCUACAAUAGAACAAGUUAAUCACUUGUCUGACUCUUGUAUCGGCUCCCUUUGACCUCUUCAUUGUCAAGGAGUUUAAAAAGGGGUAAUGUGAGAUAUAAAGCUGAAUAAGAACCAAAAGGACAAAAACUGCAGCUCUCAGUCCUGAACGAGACAAGGGUUUUUGAUGUAUUAAAGCCUCUUUUGACACAAACCAGGAGUCUGUCGAUACUCUGAAAAGAAAGACAGGAAGUAGGGGCGUGGAGCUAAGGCUGGACGCCAAGUUUGACGGAUUUUGCUGCAAACACAAUAAAAUGUACACAUAAUGGCUCGUUACCUGAUGCUUAAUGGGUCGUUAGGAACAAGACUCCACUCACAACAUCCUUCAGUCUCGUACAGGCACAUGAGCAGCAGAUGUUGUGCUGGAUUGAGCUGUUUAUUUAGUCUCUCUCAUUGGUGUAUGACCUGAAAUGUAAAGUUCCCCUGAACUAAGUUGGCAACAUUAAAAAAUGUCUUGUUUUACAUUCAUUGAAGGUUUCUAUGUAACCUCUAUAAACUGCUCAUUUGGAGAGGAGAGGCUGAAUGUACAGCGAAAACGGAGUGGUCAUUCAGAUUUUAAUGUAACAACUGAUUCUGGUGUCUUUUUUGAGAUUAUAGAGCUUAACUAACAAAAAUCUAAAUGUGUCAAUCAAGUUUAACAUCACAGUAGCUGAGUUUACACUGACUGUUUUAUACCAGGUAGAGAGUAAAAAUAGGAUUUUUUAAUCACUAGUAAUGGGUUCACAAGGGAUGACCAGAUACCAGAAUUCAAACCUCAGUUUUAUCUUAAUAUAACUAUAAAAACUGUUUAUUUGUGCUCAGGGACUGAACUGCCAGUUUGUUCACUAGGACUGUUACAAAUGGCCAAAAAUGACAUUUUGAUACACAGAAGUUCAGUGCAGAUCCAUAGAUCCAUUGUUGUUUCAUUGUUUAUUUUGGUCUGUGAAGCUAGCAUCAGCAGUGCAGAGCUGUCCUGUCUCUCAGUGAGGUUGUGAUUUAAGGUCCUUACACACUGGGAACGACGCAAAUAUACGACGCAAAAUUACGAAAUGUUCGGAGGCGAAUUCUGACACGUCUGACUAUACACAUCAAGCCCGAUGCAAUUUUGCAACUUUCUGCAAAAAAAGACACGUCCCAGGUGGAAGCGAGAAGACUGACACAACACCAGACUGACUGUUUUUCAGUUCUGAUUAGACACUAGUGUUGAGAUGGCUGUCUGUCAUGAUAGCAUGUACUGAGUCGGGGCCAGCAACGCGAUUGAGUUUGAGACAGUGAAAAUACAUAUGGUAUGUUGUAUCUGAACAGGUUAGCUUACGAGCUACAGUUACUUAGCACAGAUGAAAGUUAAAACUAAGACGUUUAGCAAACUGUUAAAGCACACAAACUAUCGUUAUACAAGAGAUCCGACGCUAUGACUCUCCACAAGUUGUCCUUCAGGUCGUUAUCUUUGUAAUAUUUGUGUCUUUUAUCAAAAAGCACUCUGUUCUCCGACACGUAAACCAUCAGCCAGUCGGCCAUGUUGGAUAUACCAGUGAGUCUGAUGUCGCAACAACACGAAAUCUGAUUGGUCAGAAGUGGACACACAGUAUGCGAAACUUUAGAAAAAUUGACCCUUUAACCGAAAAAAUAAAUGCCGCAAUAUCGCAGGACGGGAAAAUGUUGCUGAUGUGAACGCUUGUAUUGCCAGGAUACGGGUUCGAUGGGUUGAUUCACUUAUAAAGACCGUGAUGCUGAUCGAUGCUGUGCUCCAGCUAACCAUAAAUCCUUCAGCUUUUGCCAAUACAAGAGUCACUUUGUUACGUCCAGUUAUGUGACCCUGCUACCUUAGCUGGGCAGACCUGACAGUAUGGUAGUAUUUAGGUCCUACUGCUUUCUUAUAACUCCUAUAUUUAUCAGGACCAUCGUAGUUAUUUAUUUGGCAUUUUCCCAUCAUUGUCUGCCAGACAUGUAAAACUGACCAAAUGGUGGGAAUUAUUAGCAAGAGCAAAUCCAGCUGAAGUCACUGUCUUAGUUUGGUUGUGAAGUCUCUGCCAUCAUUAGUGAUGUUGGGACUGUCCUCAUGUAGAGCCCAUGACAGAACUCAAAUGACAGACAGCUGUACCAAAGUGUUCUCUUCCUUCUUAAACUGUCAAACAUUUAUUUAACACAUGAAGGUCUGUUUUUAAAAAGGUUUAAGUAAAUAUGUGAGUAGAGGGGAUUCUUUGGCAGUCCUACAGGUUUAAGUGUUAAACUUUUUAAAGAUGUCUGGUUGGUCUGAAGGUUAGACUAAAAUUGUUGCCCUGCUUGUUUUUUAAUCUUCUGCAGGGACGAGUGGGCCGAGGCCAUCCAGAUGGUAGCGGAGUCUCUGGCCAAACAGGAGGAGGAGGGCAUCCUGUGCAGCCCCACCUCCCAGAUCGAGAUCGUCAAUGAGGAGGAGAUGGACACCUCCAUCAGCCACUACAAACGAAAGGUGAGUGCGAAAUAUCCUUCAGGUCUCACUUUAAAACAUGAUGUUGGUUUAUUAAAGCUGUUUCUUCACACCAUGCCUGUUUUCCCAUCCAGACAAUGAAUGACUUUGACUAUCUGAAGCUGCUGGGCAAAGGCACAUUUGGGAAAGUCAUUCUGGUGAGGGAGAAGGCAAGCGGCACAUACUACGCCAUGAAGAUCCUGAAGAAGGAAGUUAUCAUAGCCAAGGUCUGUUACAUGUGUACCAGCUUCAAUUUUUUUAAAUCUGAAGCAUUGAUUCAUCCCGUCUCACAACACAAUCGUAGUGAGCGCCGCAUUAAAAGCAGAUCAAGUUAUUUUUAUACCUGAGCUCUAUUUUUACACAGUUUGGGGUCUAAACAUAGACUUUAUAAAACAUGGAUGUAGUCUCAGUAGCGUCACCUGUUGGUGAAGAGGAGUUACGAAGCCCCAAGAAGGCAGUCGUGGCAUUGGAGAUCUUGUCUCAACCCAAACUGACAGUGAAUUUAUAAAAAAGCAAAGAACCUGGACCACUGGCAAAUAGUUGAAACACGCCCACCUGUCAGUCAAACCAGCUACGGCCUUAAUUACUCCUAAUUAUGUAUGAAAAAAACCCUCAUCUGUACAGUUGAACAAAUAUAGACAUGAGCCUGAACUGUUUUUGGGCUAUGCCAGAGUUUUGCUGUAAAAACAAACAUUUUAUUAUGGGCUCUACUGAGGCUGCCUCAAGUGGACACCGGGAUAACUGCAGUUUUUACACUUCCCCAUUAGCUCCUUUAGCUAACAUUGAAGAUGACUCUUUGGGUUUUCUAUGCAAAAAUUUAAAACUAAGCAAGAGUUUUUGUCUGAUGUCUAGUGAGAACAUAUCUUGUUAGUGAAAAAGACACGUAGGGGCACAACCAAGGAAGAGUGUCUGCCACACAGGCACUCUCAUUGGGCAGACCUUAGCAGCAUGCCAGGCUCUCUAUCAUGGAGAUCAGAAGUGAAUACCUGAACUUGCUGAUGCACAAAAACACGAACUCGUCAACUUCUCAUCUAGUAAUCAAUUAUAAUGAGUCUUGCAAUGCCUCAACCUGAUUCCCUAGGCCCAAGCCAAUCAGAGGCAGAGUAGAGCAGGCAUGACUACUCAGCAUUUCUUUAUGAGUCAUUUCAAAGUAAAAGCCUUUUAACCUGUUAUAUGUUCAUUUGUAUAAGUCUUUUCUGUCUUAUUUUGAGGCCCAGACCUCUGUCACCUCAUGCAUAUCCCAAGAAAUCAAGAGAAAUCACCUUAAAUGUCAGAAAUUUGCAUGUAGCUGUUGGUGUUUAAGUUUUGUAUUUGCAGAUAAUGUCACAAUGGUUUCAGCCUGAUGUUCACAGCUACCUUGAACAUCCUCCUAACAAAGUCUUUUGUGGUGAGCUCAUUUUGUCUCUCUCUGUUCUCUGUUUCUUCCUCCAGGAUGAAGUUGCUCACACGCUCACAGAAAGUAGGGUAUUAAAAAACACUCGGCAUCCAUUCCUAACUGUGAGUAUGAGCAUGCAGCUGCACGAAACAUCAAAUUCAGACACACCUGUGCAGGUUUUAACGACAAUAAUAAUGGAUCAGAUUUGUAUAGCGCUUUAUCACAGACCCUCAAAGCGCUUUACAUUAGAUACAUCAUUCAUUCGCUCACACAGUCACACCCUCUUGGUUGUAAACUACCAUAGUAGUCACAGCUGCACCAGGGCAGACUGACAGAAACAUGGCUGACAGUUUGCGCUUUCGGCUUCUCUGACCACCACCACACAACACUCACAAUCAUACACCAGUGGAGGACACACACUGGCAGCAAGGUGGGUUAAGUGUCUUGCCCAAGGACACAAUAGACAGACUAGGGACUGGGGAGCAUUGAACCGCCAACCUUCCAGUUAUUAGAAGAUCGCUCUACCUCCUGAGCUACUAAGCCUUUUUUGGUAAAUGUGGAGAUUUACAGGAGCGUCUGUUAUUAAGAGUUAAUGUGCAGAAACAAAGAGCUGAUGGGUGCUGAGAUUAAACAUCUGUACACAUUCUGUUGCAGUCUCUGAAGUAUUCGUUCCAGACUAAGGACCGGCUGUGCUUCGUGAUGGAGUACGUCAACGGAGGAGAGGUGAGAGAUCAAUGAGUCGUUUUCUUAAGGAGGCUUUUGAUGCCGGCAGUCGUUCUGUCUCAUUCUGACUUUGAAACUAUUUUAAGAUUUAUUGAAGAAUCUUGAUUAAUAACAGCGUUUAUUCUAAGAGCAGCAACAGAAAGCUCCUCUUAUUAUGGUCUAAGAGUGAUGUGGAGCACUGUGGAAAUGGAGCAAGUUGUGUUUUUAUGUGAAUAUUCAUCAGUUUUAAGGAGAAAAUCAUUUUCCUCAGCCCUUCUCUGUGCUGAAAAGAGGCUCUUAGUCUUGUCAUCCUCUGUGUCUUUGCGCCUUUAUCUUGCAUCACGUUGCUUCGUCUCUAGAAGUCAACAUUGCAGAAGUCUUUUAUUGUGAAGAGGCAAAGCGUGUGAACGCAUCUGUCACCUUUCCUAACCUCUAGCAAGAGUGCACCUUGGACUGUCUACAUCUUAGUGCAUCCUUGGUUUCACUACAGAAAGAUGUUACCCUCGCUUUGAUCUGGUUUGCAUGUGUAUGAAGUAUUUUUGCCUUUUUCUUCUUGCAGCUGUUUUUCCAUUUGUCGAGAGAAAGAGUUUUCUCAGAGGACCGGACCCGUUUUUAUGGCGCUGAGAUCGUUUCUGCUCUAGACUACCUACAUUCUGCAAAGAUCGUCUACCGAGACCUGAAGGUAAACCAACUGAUCCAGGUCGAGGUUGGAGAGAUUUCAGUAUUUGCCACUCAUGCUGGAUCAGCAGUUGGUGUUUGAACUUGAUGGCUGAUAAGUCUUUAAAGUUGAUGAUUUUUUUUUUUCCUUUUCAGCUGGAGAACCUCAUGUUGGACAAAGAUGGACACAUUAAGAUCACAGACUUUGGCCUCUGCAAAGAAGGCAUCACUGACACUGCCACCAUGAAGACCUUUUGUGGGACACCUGAGUAUCUUGCUCCUGAGGUCAGGAACCUGCAGAAUCUUUAACCAUAAAACAUGAAAUCAUAUCUGCUUCUCCAUUUAGACUUAAAAGGUUUCACUUUCCUUCUCGUUGUUGUUGUUGUAGGUCAUGUAUUUGCCUUUUUGUUUGAAUGAGCUGCUCUUGCUGCUUUAGGGAAGUGGCUUUGUUUAAAUUAAGAAAAUCACAUCACAUCCUCAGCCAGUAUUCUUAAACGGCAGCCACACAAGUUUGUGGUGUUCCUCAGGGCCCCAUUUUAGGUCCUGUUUUGUUGUCUGUAUACAUGCUUCCUCUUUGGUCCAUUUCUCUAUUGUUUUGCUGAUGAUUUGCGAACUGAUCUGCCAGUAAAAACAAAUAAUCUCCCCUUGAAGGCCUCACUGAACUGUGUCAGACAUUAUAUCAUGGAUACAGCUCAACUUCUUGUAUUUAGAUGCAAAGAUCACACACUUGUCUAAACCUUACACCACUGUCAUUUUUCUGAUCCAAUUUAACACUUUUCUUUUUUUAAGCUUUUGCCAUCUUAGCUGUCUUAGUUGCAAUCUGAGUUGUUGCAUCAACAAGUUUUAGCCAGAGCGCUGAAGUCAACACACCAGAUACUCUUGGUUGUCCCAAGAUCCAGGCUUAAAAACGGACAGAGCCGUUUGAGUGGUUGCUCUCACGUUGUGAAAUACUUUUCCCUUUUUUGAUAAGAUCUGCUUAGACCACAUCUUUUUGGUUAGCUUUAGUUACCAUUUGAGCAUCAUUUAUUGUGUUUUCACAGUCUCAGACUCAUGUUUGCUUUUUUUGCUUGUUGGUUCAGCUGCAUUUGUUUUAAAUGUGCUCUAGAUGGACUUAUAAUUGGUUGGAAUUGUCCUCGUAAUACACUAGUUGGAAGUGUCCCUUUCACACUCAGCUCAUCAGCUGUACGUAUAUGUUGAGCUUUGUCAGGAUGAAGGGGAGAUCCUGACCAUUAGAUGCUAAACAAGAGCAAACUGCAAACCUGUCUGGGCAGUUUUGUGCUCGAUGCCGCAUGCUGUGUGAAUCUGAUUUUGAGACAGAGCAGAAAGAUCAGGAAAUGAUGCAAACAUCGAGGUGCCAUCACUGACAACAAUCCAUCCAUUAGUGUAAACCCAGACUGAGCCUUUGUGGUUGUCUGUUUUUGUUCGUUCAAUGAAAUGUGGAAGUACUAUAAGGCUGUACUUCCUGUAACCGCAGCUAGCCUUUUUUGCACCACGAUAAAUGUCAGAAAAAAUUUCACUUCUUCUAACCGUGGACUUUGGAAGAGAUUUUGAAAGUGGUUUUCUGAUUAACAGGAAAUGAAAGAGGAUAUCAGAGAUGUCAGAAUUGAAAAUAGAGGAACAACAGUCGCCAGUGUUUUCACCAGGUUAAAGCAGACUGUCUGGGUUUGAAUACACUCUAUCACAUCAUGAAAGAAAGAUAAUGCUCCUAUUAAGGCUGAACUUUCUGGAUAUACAGACACUGAGCAACAGAGGCAGUCAUUUGUCUUCCAGCUCUUAAAGAGAAAACUUACAAUCAUCACUGUUCACUUAUAAUGAUUAAACUGUAACUUUACAUCCUCAGGUGUUGGAGGACAACGACUACGGACGGGCGGUGGACUGGUGGGGUCUGGGCGUGGUGACGUACGAGAUGAUGUGCGGCCGUCUGCCGUUCUACAACCAGGACCACGAGAAGCUGUUUGAGCUCAUCUUAAUGGAGGAGAUCAAGUUCCCAAGAACCCUGUCAGCUGACGCCAAGUCGCUGCUGUCAGGACUGCUUAUCAAGGACCCUAACAAACGGUACACAUACACACACUCAUAAUGUGGAGUUGUGUGCAUCUUAACCAAGACUUUUAAGUGUGCUCAGUAUGUCGCUGUAUGAAAAAGCCUUCUAGGUAAAGGCAGUCGAUUUUCAGGGUGAUAAUAAAAAUAAUAAAGUAAUAAAAAAUACACUAGUGUAACCCCAGACUGAGGUGGGGAUCACAAACAGGGAAAAAAGGAGGAAAAUGUGGAAUAAUUGACAAACAUACUCGGGUGACCUGCCCAGGUAUCGUCUAUGUGUGGAAACACUGAGGAGCUGAGCACAGAUUGUAGUGUGCCUGUUAAGUGUUAGUUUAGCACCUUUCUGCACCGUUAUUUCCUGGUUUUCUUUACUUUUGUGUUGUUUUGUUUAUGUGUCAAUACCCAAGUAAAGCUGUAGUGCACAAAAUAAACUCACAGGAGGACAUUUAGGAUUGGUCAGAGAACAAAUUUGUCUGUUUUGGUGGCAGCUUCACUCCUAUUCCUGGAGGAUCUCUUGUUUUGUUUUGUUUUUUCCAGAUGAAAUAUAAUCCCCCCAGUUUAGAUUAAAAAUUUGGGCUCUUUCACAGAUAUAAGCAGCGGUUGUGUGUCAUAGAAAAGUCACUCUCAGGAAAUCCACCAUUAUUUUUGGCCUCUAAGGACAGGAUAUGUUGAAGUUUUUGCCGUGUACCUGCUACUUGAAUAAUUAAAAAGAGAGAAAUCUUUCAUACUAUAAUAAUUAUUUGGAAAAAGUGCAGCUAGACAAAACUGGCUGACUUAAUUUCCCACUCUGAUUAUCCUGGAGGCCUUUUCAGUCUCUAAUGAAGAAACUGGUAAAAAAGAGGCGGCUGCAGCUUCACACGGUGAACUCGUUCACUUCGGCUGAGUUAUUUCAGGAUCAGUAGCAGGUGGAUAUUCUGGUUCCAUUGAUGGAGACUUUGUAAGAGCAGCGUCUGAUGUCUGACUUCGACGUCUUCUUCUUCUUCUGCUUUUUUCUGACAGGCUGGGCGGCGGGCCGGAUGACGCUAAGGAGAUCAUGCGACACAGUUUCUUUGGCACAAUCGACUGGCAGGACGUCUACGACAAGAAGGUGAGAGCAGGAUUUAGCUACGAGACGUCAUCCCGUCUUCAGCAGUGAUUUAUUUAAACAGCGCACCUGAGAUAUUCUUGUAGCAGGGUUACCUAAUUUUCAAAAGACGUCUGGCUGGGACUCAAAAAUAGAACAAAAAAGAAAUAAAUUACCUCAUAUCUGUUUCAUUUUUGCAACAAAAAGCUGUCCAAACACCAACACGUCUGCUGAAAAGAAACAUAUUUUUCUUUUUCUUCUUCUAUCACACUUUCAGCAACAUGUCAGUCAAAGUCCGUCACUCCUGCUGGUCUAUCAUGUUAUAAUUCUUCAGGCCUUCACUGCUUUUUUGGAUUUAGUUCAGACUGUAAAUAAAUCAUAUUUUUCAACAAUCUCUACAAUCUUUAGGACAGAUUUUUAUUUGAUUUUUAUUUCACAAGAUUUUUGUCUCUAUGUUUUGACUGUCUAUGAAGGUGGACAUUGUGUCUCCACCUCCUGUUCUGUAAAACUGAAGCCAGAAUGACUCUUUGACGAGUGCUGAUUUAGUAGACUUUCAGAGUCGCAGUCUGGGCAGUAGGAACCAGCUGGCGAAGCUGCAGUAUUGAUGUUUGUACGCUAACCAAAACAUUAGUUUAACUUACUGAUAAAGAAAAUCAAAGCUCCCCCAGGUAGAUGCAGUCAGGAAAAAGUCCAAAUAAAUACCAAAUAAAUGAAGGACUGUCCGGGUUAUGUACAAAGUUUAUUGUGAAAAAUGUCAGUCUGGUUUUGUAUUAGAAUCCUUUAUUAAUAGGACACAAUGCCUUGAUGGGAACUCAGACACAUCCCUGUUUUACCAAAGGAAUGUAACUGACCAGAGAAUAGUCAUAAUCAUGAUUUUUCUGUUGAUAAUAAUAUCAACAUUAAUGAAAGUGAUACAUCAUAUUUAACCUCUGCAUCACACACAUUUCUGCAAAUUAGAACAUCUUUCAAAUUUAAAAACUCUUCAUUCAUAAAAAAAAAAAAAAAAGGCAGCUGAUCUAACAAAUCGUUUACCCUUUACCUGAGGCUCCAAAGUCACCUCUCCUGCCUGUUCCCCGUCUGUUUCAGCUGGUCCCACCUUUCCAGCCACAGGUCACCUCAGAGACAGACACACGCUACUUCGAUGAGGAGUUCACAGCACAGACCAUCACCAUCACCCCGCCAGAAAAAUGUAAGGAUGUCUCUCUUUUUUUUAAUCAUAUUUUUUAUUUAAAUUAAAGAGUGCAAAUAAGGUUAGGGUUAGGGUUAGGGUUAGGGUUAGGGUUAGGGUUAGGGUUAGGGUUAGGGUUUUUUUUGCUCAAUUUUUGCUCAAUUUUUACAUAAACGGAAGUGCUGAAAAAGAUACAACCAAUAUAAAUAAAUAUAAUAAUAAUGAAAUUUGAGUCUUCAGAGUUAUGACUCUGUCCUUAAAUAAGCUGAUUUUAAAAGACUUAGACUCAAAAGCUCAUUGUCGUACCUACAACAUCAUGAGCACUACAUACUUCUGUGUCAGACACUUCUGUGUCAGAAGUAUGUAGCAGCAAUACUGCUGCUGAGGAAAAGGAUGGGGACAGCGGUGAUACCAGAAAUGUCUGUCACUGAGCAGACCGAUGACAGGGCUCGCGAGCCGCGUCUAAAUAAGGCACAGUUAUAUUUUUGAGAAGGUGCGUGUCGGCUCUAUGCGUGGCCUUUGCGUAGGGCACAGGACUACGCAAACUUGUAACUGGUAAAGAGCUUAGUCUGGAUUGGCUGCUGAGCAGUACACUACAGUGUCAUCAGCAUAAAGUUGGAGUUUUCAUUGGACACAAUUUAAUUGAUAUCAUAAUAAAAAGAAUAAAUUUGCAGUGAUCCUAACGCUGACCCUUGAGGAACUCCACAAGAGAACUUUGCGCUCUUAGUUCUGACUGUCAGGUAUCUGUUGAUCUUCACAUCUUUUGUCUUGUCUCCAUUUGUUCCUACAGAUGACGAGGACGGGAUGGAUGCAGCAGACAACGAGCGAAGGCCUCAUUUCCCACAGUUCUCCUACUCAGCUAGCGGGCGGGAGUGA